AUGACUGAUAUUGGUCUUUCAUCUCCGAUCCUUAUUGAUGAUUCUCCAUCUCGUCCACAAAUAAAUCAAACUUUUACAGCAUCUUCAAUUGAAAACAUGUUAAAACGUAAAGAUAAUCGUAAAGAAUUUAAAGUGAUUGAAAACAAUCAGAAAAAAUCAUCUACUGCUUGGGCAACUUUUGGAUUUCCAGCUCGAUUAAUUGAAAAUGGUACAUAUGAACGUAUACAUGGUCUUGCAAGUUGUUUUCAAUGUAAAUCAACCUAUACAUUUCAUUCAGACGGAAGUGGUAGUACGAAACAUCUUUUACGUCAUGUUUGUUCAAAAUCAACACCUUCAUCAGAACAUUAUCACGAAGGUCCUUUGGAGAAAUUAUUUAAGUCGAAAAAAACGACUUCAGUUACGUUAAACUCAAAAGAUUCCACAAAAGUAAAAGAUGAUUUAACUAAAUGGAUAUGCACCUCAAUUCGUCCAUUUAAUAUCAUCGAAGAUCCAGCAUCAACAACACCAACAACAAAAGAAAAAAAAUCUAAAAUUAUUAUUAAAAGUUCAUCAGAUGAUACUUCAUCAGAAGAUGAAACUAAAACACCAUCACCAUCAACAUAUAUAGAAUUAAACACGUCACUUUCUGAAUUAACAUCAAAAGCAAGUGAAUUACUAGACAUUAUCACAACAAGUAAACAAUUAGUUAAAUACAUUAAACAGGCAGGAUUAAAUAAAUCAAUUCAAGAUGGUGGUGGUGUUGUUCUUAAACAAGCAACAAUAGUACGCUGGUUGUCCUUGUCCAAUCUACUUGAAUCGAUAGAUUUGUCUUAUGAAAAUCUACGAUUAGUAUUGUCAAAGUCGACAAAUAGUAAACAAGCAUUUAAAUUGAUCAAAAUCAAUGUAGAUGGACUGAAGGAUUUAAUUUGUCUUCUAUCAGUUUUCAAAGAUGUGUGUAUAUUGGUACAAACUGGAACACGUCCAUCAUUGCACAUGGCCUAUAUUGCUAUGAACAAAUUGGAACGUCAUUUAAGUGGUACCGAUGCUGAUGAAAAUGGUGAAUCUAUUACUAUUGAUGAUCGUCACGAAGGUGAUUAA